CACCGUUGACAGCCAAUAACUAUUUUCCGGUACCUUCACUGCGAUAAGAUACUGAGUUACGGCUAUUGCAGUUUUACAAUCAUAAUCAUAGAAUAUUCGCGCUCCUUCAAUGGCUGUUUUACCUAGGCGAAUAAUAAAGGAAACUCAAAGAUUAAUAACAGAACCUGUCCCUGGUAUUAGUGCUAUUCCUGAUGAAAGCAAUGCACGAUACUUUCAUGUUGUUGUUGCUGGUCCUGAGGAGUCACCAUUUGAAGGAGGAGUGUUUAAGUUGGAGCUAUUUUUACCUGAGGAAUAUCCUAUGUCUGCACCUAAAGUUCGUUUCAUGACAAAAAUUUAUCACCCUAAUAUAGAUAAAUUGGGAAGAAUAUGUUUAGAUAUUCUAAAAGAUAAAUGGAGCCCAGCCUUGCAAAUUAGAACUGUAUUGCUUUCUAUUCAAGCUUUACUUAGUGCUCCAAAUCCUGAUGACCCUUUAGCAAAUGAUGUUGCUGAGCAGUGGAAGGUUAAUGAAGCUGAAGCUAUUAAAACAGCAAGGGAAUGGACUCGCUUAUAUGCUAUGAAUAACUGAUGUGAUGAAUGCUGUUAGUGAAUUGUUCUAGUUGGUCUCCAACUUCAGUGGACUUCAGUUGAUUGUCCCAUAAUAAAGACAGCCCUCUAUGUUGUGGCUGAUAUGCAAAGUUCUGCUUACCAGAUUAAUAGCUUAGGAAAUUCUUUUGUUCUUUGAGAUGUUUGUUUUUAACUGGUUAUGUCUAACAACCAAUAUGCUGUAUAUUCUUCCUACAGUGUUAUGUAAUAGAUGUUCCAAAAGUUUUUGAAGCAUUUUGAAUUGAAAAUAAAUAAACCUUUGCAAAGAACUGUCAUUGCACUCAUGUGCACAAAAUGGUUUUAGAUUAUUUAUGGUGAUUAUAUCUAAAAGAAUUUGUUUUUCAUUAUUAUUUCUGCCGUGCAUAUAAAUAUUAAUCUUUUUCUGAUUCAGAAAUGCAAAAUUGAGAUGACUUAACUGACCAUACUAAUUCCUCUGUAAAUGUAGUGAAAUUAAACUUUUAUAUCCUUGAGUAUUGCUACAUGGAUUAUAUGAAAUGGUCAGUUUUUACUGUGGUGUAAGUAGUUCUGUAAGUAGUAGCGUAAUGAUUUUUAAUGUCCCCCAAAACUGGAUGAAAUCGGUGAACAAUAAAAAGCAGUAAUUCCAUUAAGUUACCAGAAAUGCUGUUACAAUCAUAAGAUGGUGUUAAAUUUGCAUGCUUGCAAAAAAGCAUCUGUGUAGCAAAUUAUGAUAAAUUGAUUUAAUCAAUAAGAAACAGUUCCAUGUCACUGUUUUGGAAAGGAAACAAAAUAAUAAUGAAUAGCUCAUUCUAUUUCUGCAUGUUUUUAAUCUUUGGAAAUGAUUAAAUUUGUUGCACAGAUUUGAAAUUCUAAAAUUAUCGUUAUAAAAAUGCAUCUCUGUUCUGCAUGAAUUACUUUCAAAUCCUUUGUAUUGCGUAACUUUUGUAAAUUGAUUUUAAAAUGCUUCAGUUUUUUUGGGAAUAUUUGUCCUUUACGUGCAUAUAUAUAUUCUUUACCUUCUUUGGUAUUUAGCAUGUAGCAGUUGAAGCUGAUGCUUGAAUUUCAGAAUUCUAUAUUGAUAAAUAUGAGAUAUUUUGAAGCCUAUUCAUAAUAUUUUACUGACAAAACAUACUGGUUAUCUUUUUUAAUUAUGUUAGAUGUGUUUAUUAUGCAGAAUUUUAGCUAUUUUGUAAAUAGAUAAUUUUAGUUUAUAAAGUAUAUAAUUGUCAAACUGUUGAUGGCAUAUAUUUACACUUUCAUGUAUCAAAUCAGUUCUUUUAUGUACCCUUCACUUGAUAACAACAUAAUAUUCUUUUUUCUUUUCUUUUUUAUUUUGAUGGGCUGUACUCCACACAUGGCCUGUGCUGUAAGCAGAGGUUUUUGUAAUAGCUGGCAAUAAAGUGCCUAUGGUUCCAUAUACUCAUGCUUUGAUAUAUCUGUGUGGUUUUAUGAAAUGUAAUCAUGCUUUAAAACCUUAUAAAGGGUGGUUAAAGUAUGCAGUUAUAUGUUGUAAAACAAUGUUUGUACCUUCAUGUUAAAUGUUCUUUUGAAUAUUUAUUUAUGUAUUUCUUCUGUUAAAAGUGAAUGAGAAAACUAUUUUAGUACUGGCAAGUAUUUUGACAACAUAAAAACCAGAACUUUAUUGUUUAUUCUGUGUGAUGUUUUGUGUUUUCAUGUUAUCUUGUUAUAAAUUAAAAUUUUGAUUAUUGAAUUAUGAAUAAAAAUUUCAGAUAAUUGUGAAUGUAAUUAAAAAUUACUCCAAUUUAUUUGUGUGUUUUGAAAUUCCUUUUGCAGAGUAAUUAAAUAACAUUCCUGCAUGAAAUUAACAUUUUGAUAGCUGGUUGUCCUGCAUUGUUAGAUUUAAUGUUUUCCCAGCUACUGAAAUGUAAAAUGUAUAUACUUUCAAUUUCUGUAAGCCAUUUUCAAGAAGAGAUUCUGCAUUUUGUUUCUUAAUGAUAAAUCUGUUAAAUUGUUGUUUUAAAUGUACUUCAUGCUUAUGCUGUGUGGUAUGCCAUCCUUUCAGCCGUCCAGCUUAUCGCUCAGGCCGUGUUAAAUGAUCUCAAGAUAUUUGUCUCCUUAUGGGCUGCUGCUAAUUCAUCUUCCUUAUAAAAAGUUCUUGGUUUUUGCUUUUGUAAACCUAUUGUUAUUAUAGACAUGAUCAAAAGAUUUAUUAUGUAGACAUUUUAUGUGACACAUUCUAUGUGAUUAAGCUCAACAUUAGUGACACAUUAAUUUUUUAUGUAUACUUAAGUAUAAUGUUUAUUCAUGUUAUGUAAAUCUGUUCAUAAAAUUUAUUAUAGUUAAGAAUAAUUGAGAAUGUUAUAUAAACAAGUACAAGACUACAUAGAGUUUCUCUAGUAAGUAUGAUGCUGAAUUUUUUUGCAUGUGUUGUGUUAUUUGCUAAGUCAUUUAGUUGAUAUAUACAAAUAAGUUAUUUAAAAAAAAUUCCUUUUUAGAGUUAUGUUAUAUGACUUAUAUGGCAUUAGGAAAACAAGUAUAUGCUGUGUGAAUUUUUUAGGUUCAUUUUAACUUUGUUGAUAUAACUGUUCUUAAUCAUAUGAAUUUAUUUUUAUGCUGUGAUACAAUCAAUGUGUGUGGCAAAAUUUCAUGUUUCCUAUAGGUUUUCUGUUUUGUUUUUCUGAAAUAUAAAGUGAUAUUUAAUUAGAUUCUGUUAAAAAAACUGUUUAAAUUGCACUUGAAUUUCUUGAAUCAAUCAUAAAGGAAAGUAUCAGUGAUAAUUAGUUAAUCAUGAAGUAAUAUUAAUUAUGUUUAUCCUGAAGUCUCUUUUGAACAAGUAAUAUUAAUGUUAAUAAUUUUUUCUUCUUACAAAUCGGUAAAUUGAUUUGUGGUCUUCUAUAUGUUAGUACCAUUUUCUCUCAUGAAAAACUGAAAUAUUGCCAUUUUAUCAUAAAAAAAGAGAAGGAAAAAACUGAUCUUGCAUGCAUGGUCAUAAUAUAGAUGAAAGACAAAUUAAUAAAGUUUAAGAACUUUGGUAUAA